AUCAAUCCGUUGUUAGUGCUGGUGAAAACUGACAGCCAUAGCAUACAAACGGAAAUGGGCAUAACGUUAGCGGAGGAAGAACCAUACGUUUACGCUCUUCUCAACGACUAUAUUGACACUGCGUGCUGGAAAUGCCUAGCAGUUACAAAGCUGUUAGUUCUUGUUGCUAAGUGGUUUAGAGAG